UUACAAGAAAUUUACUUUCAUACAUAGAACAAAAGGAUAAUGAUGGCAAUAUGUUUAAAAAUGGCAUUAUAUUUUAUUCUUAUUGGAGAACUUUUCAUAAACACUAUGUCUUACAAUCCAAUGUUAACAUACGUUAUACGUUUUAAAAAAUUCUACGUAACACCUAACUUCACUAUGGAUUAUUAUUCAUUCGAUCAAUACAAAGAUACACAAUAUAUAAAUGGACAAUUUACAAUAAAUACAAAAGAACUUAUAAACAAAGUUGUCGCAGUUUUCGAACGGUGUGAUCCAGAUGGAAUUAAUUGCGAAUACUUCCAAAGUUGGACGGUAACUGGUCUUUGUAAUAAAUUAAAAGAAAAAAAUCAAAUAUGGACCCGAUGGUACGAUUCGUUUGAUCCACCGAUGCGUUGUCCGUUAAACAAAGGAAAGUAUACAAUGAAAAAUGGAACUGGUGAUAUUGGUCCGAUACUAUUGUUGUAUCCUCAAGCAACCGAUUACCAAUGGAGAGUAGUUCAAAAUAUGUAUGCCAAUGAUAUAUUUGUUGGUAGUGUCUCAGUUGAAAUAGUAUUCUUUGGUUAUAGAAAAAAAAUUAAGUCUAUUUUAAACCCUUAA